CACGUGGACUAACACGUGCGCGUGAAGGCCGAUUCCAGGAAUCAACACUGUUCAGUGUUUUAUCAAACACGCCCCGCGGCGCUCUUAUUUACAGUACACUUGAUCUUGACUACACCAGAACGCUGUUAGAACAUUUUCUUCUUAUGCCCGAUCCAAGAAAUAUCUUCAAGAACCGAUACAAGAAGCAAACGAAAACUUACGGUUAUGGGAAAGUAGCUGGGAUUGAAGUAGGCACAAUAUUGAGCAGCAGGCAGGAGUGUAGUGACAGAGGGCUUCACGGACCCACACAAGCCGGUAUCCACGGAAAUGCUACGUACGGCGCAUACUCUGUUGUAUUAUCCGGCGGAUAUGAAGACGAUGAAGACAAUGGAGAACGAGUUUGGUAUACUGGUGAAGGUGGUCGGAAGAACGGCGGUGGGCCUCAAAUAGCAGACCAGGAUUGGAAAAACAAAAAUAACCGAAGUUUGAAGGUAUCAGCUGUGCACCAGAUAGAUAUCCCAUUCGUGUUAUUCGUGGUCAUACCUUGCAUUCCCGUUAUGCACCUAGUUGGGGUUACCGUUAUGAUGGCCUAUAUCGAGUGGCAAAAGCGAUUCAAGUAAGAGGAAAAGCUGGAAAACUUUUAUGCAAGUUUCUCUUUGUGAAAGGGCAACCUCCACUACCACAACCGACCGCAGGAUCGCCCACCACACUACACUCACAGAGGCCCAAGCAGUACUCCCACUCUCAUUCUAGCUCCGAUAAUGAGAGCGAGACCGCGGAAGUCAAAUCCUUUACUUCGAGGCGAACAAAUUCUCCUUCCUCUGAU